UAGUACUUCAGUAGAGUCGCGCCCGUUGCACGCUACAGUCGCGUGACGCGUAGCCGCUAGUCUAUGGUGUCCCGCGCGAUGGCGGCUUGCGGCUUGGAAGCUGCGUGAUGUUGAAGCAUGCUCAGCGGCCGCCGGCGGCGAACGAUGCCGACCACCGCUACCAGAACAUGCCGCGGCGGCCGCACCACCACCUCCCGCUCAACGUCUCCACCCUGGACUCCUCCAAGCAUUCUGUGGGAGGCACCUCUGCGAGCGUCAGCCCAGGGGCUCAACCGCCCCCAACGACCGCUCCCAUACCAGUCGUGACCCCAAUACCAGUUGUAUCACCGCCGAAACUCGCGAACGGAAACGCUACAGGAGUUACAAUUCCAAUACGAACUGUAUCAAGGACACGAAGCACGCGUGCAGCCACAGAAGAGGCUCUGACAUCCUUAGCUUUGCUCUGCCUCGUCAGUUUACUGCUAGCUUUACUUGCGUUAUUGUUUCUAUUGAAGAUAUCCGCGCCAGCGACCAGUUCGCCCGAGGAAUUCGCUGUGGUGUACGAAGUGACGUUAGCACUGUGCGCGUUGACACUAUCGUUGAACCUAUGUUGUUUACUAGUUUGUGCUAUCCAGUUCUUGUUCGCCGUGAAGCUAGUGCAUUCCCCCUCAGCGCCUAACGGCCGAUCUAACAAAUACUUACAAAAGUCGGCGAUCACGAGAGUUUGCGCCGUAGGAGGCUUUUUUAUCUCAAUUCCAGUCUUUUUAACGGGUAUAAUCCUCUACACAUUUAUCCAGUUCCACUCAACCCCAGCAAUCGUGACGUCAGUCUUCAUAGGAGUCGGCAUAAUCUUCUGCGGCUGUGCGAUGGUACACAAUGUCUUCGUGUGGCAAAAAGAGAAGACGAACUUAGUCAAAGCGUUCCGCAGUCCAGACAUGACCACGACGAACAUGAGCGCGAAUAACACAAACAUGAACACGUCCAAUGGCGUGAUCAUGGGCAAUGGGCACUUGAAUAACACGGGCGUGGGCGGUAACCUGAGCUUCCAUAGCAUGACUGCGCCGUACACGCAUCCCAUCACGUUGUUACAGCAAGGAGGUCCAUAUAUUAUUAGGCCUCCAACAAGCACACCUCCUGGAGAAGGUGCAGCCACACCAGGCGUCCCAGCCGCCACCAUAGACCUCAGCCACGACGCGCACGAACUCAGCACGCUCGUCUGAACAUAGCUUUAUAAAUUGAUAUACUCGUAUGUAUAGAAUGCGGUUGUACAGUAAGAGGUGCCACGAGUAACCAUAGUCUCCGCGCCAGGAAAGAAGUCCCGCGGCUAAAACUUGAACUAAAAUUGAGAGCACCUUACACAAAUGACAAUGAGAGCGCAUAAAUGAAUUAAGACAUUAGCGCCGCGUCUACGGGACUAAUCUCGUGGUGCGGAGUCUAGCAGCCCACAAGUUGACGCCAUUACAAUAGCGUACGAAUUUUUAAAUUAUUUGACUUAUUUAAUAAUACCGGACAACCACGGAGAACGCGUCGUAACCAAUGAUAUUUUAUACUAGAGAUAGGGCACUAGCGAAUCAAAACUAAGGCAACCAGGGUCCCUAGUAUGAGUUUUCAAUGUUUUCAUACUGUGACGAUCGCUUGAAUGUAAAUAUCUAAGGAAUUGAAACAGCGCCAUCUAGUGGCACUAUUGCGUUUUAAUUUCCUUAAUUUAGUCACGUUUUGAACAAUGAAAGUUAUUUAAGCACAUUAUAUCUGAAUAUUGACGACAAUGUCGAGUUGUGUGUUUAGGAAGUGUAAAAAGUAUUUAUACAUAAAUAUAUAAUGUAAGUAACACACAAAAUUGUGUAUGUAACUCAGUGGAAUCGCUAAAUUCGGAUCACUUUUUGUGGUGAUUUUGUAGGCACGUAUCUAUAGUAUAAAAUAAUCAUUGGUCGUAACGCUUUUUGUUUAUAAUUAUUGUACCUGGGCUGUAACUGUCAUCUUGGUUCAACUUAUUUGUCGGGGUCUAUACCAUAACAUCAUGCAAAAAACGUUAUUUAAAGAGAUUGUUAUUAAUUAAUUAAUAAUACAUGUGUUGAUAUAUGCAGAGGUCAAGUGUGUAACUGUCAAUAACAAAUAGCUGACUUUUAAUUGCUAAACAGCGCGUUUUAGCUAUUUUAAGUAAGUGGCGUGAAAUAAUUAUUAUUUACUAAGGAGAGUCAUACAAGUGUGACACUACCUUAUAGAGUUUUUGUUAUGUGUAAAUUGUGUUUACCCUUUUACCCAUUCAUUUUAGUUAAAACAAAUCUGGGUAAUAUACAGUAAUAUAAUAAAAAAACAUUUAUUGAAAAAAUAGGCUAGUUGACACUUUUUUUAAUGGUCCUAAAUUGUUCAUUAGCGUUAUAUUAGAUUAAAAAAGUCUUAUUUUAUUGAUUACAUGAAAAAUAUUAAUUUUUAAAUAUUUAUUGACAAUACAAGCCAAAACGCUGUCGGCCAUGUUGGUCUAUAUUUCAACUGUUUCAUGACGUCACGUUAACAAAUCCCUCCGAAACGUAGCGUUUGACAAAAAUAUUAGUCGUUUAGUACAUCAAGUAACAUUUUGACGUCACAAAAUGGACGUUUAGAAAAUUUGAAAAAAUACAUGAUUUUUAAAUUAAGUUUUAUAAGAAAUCCUUAACUUUUAUUAAUUACCUAAUAACGAUAUAUUUCGGACCCUUAUUCCAUGUACUAUUCGUACCUACACGAAAUUAAUAUUGUUUAUAUUAUUUUAAUAUGAGUCAACUACCCUAUUGUUUUAAAUGUUAAUAAAAUGUUGGAUAGAAGCAGGCGUUACUUUGCGGAAGUUCAUCAUGAUUAUAUAAUGAUUUAUUUAUUUUGCUAUCAUCCGCGAAAAGUCGACGAACCCAUGCGACAACGUCACCCAGGUCCGACAAAAUACUCUCUACGUACGUUUCACCCCGAAACCGGAGCAUCCUCAGGAGAUGUUGACUCUACAAUUUUUGCAAUUGCACGUUGUAGAGUCAACAUCUCCUGAGGAUGCUCCGGUUCGUCGACUUUUCGCGGAUGAUAGCAAAAUAAAUAAAUCAUUAUAUAAUUAAUAAAAUGUGUUUAACUGUCAAUAACUAACGCUAACUUUUGAUUGCUAAACAGCGCCUUUUAGCUAUUAUAAGUGGCGUGAACUAAUUUAAUUUAUAGAGGUGAGUCAUACAAGUGUGACACUACCCUAAAGGUUUUUUUGUUAUAUGUAAAUUGUGGUAUUUAAUGUAAAUAAUAUUGUAUUUUUAUUUUAUUCUAUUGAUAUUUAUAAGUUACACUUUGCCAUGCCCUAAUUUUUAAGUAGUAGGUAAUAUAAUAUUUAAGGAAGUAGCUUAAAUAUUAUCAAGGACGAAAUCUAUACCUACUUAUAAUAAAUCUGUUGAGAGGUCAAUUCUGUACAUGAAAUAUAUUUCCAAAAUAACUAUCAGGGGGUGAUUAGUGAUCGAUACUGAUGCCAAAAAUGCAAUCAGUAACAUUUUCGUCUGUCUGUAUGCUCGAUAUAGAAACAAAAACUACUCGACGGAUUUUAACGAAACUUAGUACAAUUACUCUUCAUACUCCUGGGCAGUUUAUAGUAUACUUUCAUCACGCUACGAUCAACAGGAGCAGAGCAGUGAAGGGAAAUGUUGGGAAAACGGGAGAAGUUACUCCAUUUUUACAGCGAUGCUACUGUAAGGGCUGGAUUAAAGAGGUCUAAGGGCGGACGAAGUCGCGGGCGUCCGCUAGUAUACAAUAACAUAAUACUGGUUAAAAGACUCUUAUCCAAUCCGGCUUACAAUUAUAUGUGGAACAUAAAAUAUUAGACUUUGUGACAAUGCGAAUAGAUUGAUCGAUAUUGAAGUGUGAUGCAAUCAUUUUCAAAAGAAGUCCAAAAAUAUGUUCAGAAUUUCAACAAAUGAACUUCAAUACUGUUAAAAAAAAUAUUACUUUGACAUUUCUACACAGUUUCGUAUUAAGCUCAAAAUUCAUUAUUACGCCUCGGACACGUAUAAGAUGUCACCUAAAAAUGUCCGUGAGCCGUGAUAGCACAGUGGAUAUGACCCGAUUCCGGAGGGUGUGGGUUCGAAUCCGGUCCGGGGCAUGCAUCUCCAAGUUUUCAGUUGUGUAAAUGUAAAAAAAAUUAAAUAACACGUGUCUCGAACGGUGAAAGAAAACAUCGUGAGAAAACCUGCAUAUCAGAGAAUUUUCUUAAUUCUCUGCGCGUGUGAAGUCUGCCAAUCCGCAUUGGGCCAGCGUGGUGGACUAUUGGCCUAACCCCUCUCAUUCUGAGAGGAGACUCGAACUCAAGAGUGGGCUGAAUAUGAUGUAUCCCAUAAUCAGAUACCAUUUUUGUUCACAUGGUUUUAUAAAGUAAUUUAAAAAAAUGAAUUUCAAUAUUCUUAAAAAAAAGUAUAUUAGUUUGACAUUUAUAUAUAAUGCAUUGUUCCUUAAUAAGCCACCAUCCAAAAAUGUCCAUUUGCUCUAGAACAUCCGUUGCUGGCGAACGGACGGCGAGGUGACCACGCGCGGUAGGCGCGCGUUAAUAGUGAGUUUUAAGCUUGCUAAGCUAUAGACUUUCUAAUAUUGAUUUUCAAAUGUAAAUAAUUAUUAAUAUAUUGAAUAACACUACAUAGGCUAUUGAAAUAAAAAAUUAAAUUGGUUCAAAAAUAAUACUAUUUAUUCAUGGAUUCAAUUAAUUUAAACAAUUAUUGUUUUAGCUUAAUUUCAUUCAACGAAAAAUAUACAUUAUUCUCGAAAAAUUUCAAUUUUAAUCGAGGACUUUAUUCAACAUUUUUGACUUUAAUAUAAGUGCUCAAAUAAAAUUGAAAAUUAAAAUAAUUAAUUUUUGACCAAGAGAUACCAAAAUGCUUCAACAUUGAAAAUAUCAAUAAAAUAAGGACGAAGUACUUACAUGCAUUCCUAAAAUAUUUUGAAAUUUACAAUACAAAAAAAAAAAAAAAACAUACAUACAGCCGAACGUAGAACCUCCUCCUUUUUGGAAGUCUGUUAAAAAUGAACUUCACAGAGAUUACCCACCAAUGUAAAUGAAAAAAAAAUUGUUUAAUAAUUUAAUCGUAACGUUUUAAUUGUCAAAUAAACAAGUUAUUUGUAACAUUAAAUCCGAAUAACUUAGAAAUUAUAUUUAUUUUUUAUACUUACAGUUUAUCUAAAAUGAUGUAAAAUAAAUAAAAUAUCGAAGCAACUCGCAGAGAAUCUUGUCACAAUUUACGAUAUUAACAAUUUUCUUUAUGAUGACAAUUUAAACGAUAUAUGGUGUAAAUUCUGUUGCAAUUCAACAUUUUUGCAAUUGUUCUGUACAAAUUUGACAGUUGAAACUACUGGCACGAAUGUAUAACUCGUGCGCAUUAAGUUGACACCAAACACAAUCAUACAAAAACAGUACAAACAUCAUUCGAGGCAGGUGUCAAGUCCGCACGAGCUGUAGAUGACAUAGUACGAGAUCCGGCCUAUGAAAUGUAUAAAUGAUUGUAAAUAUUCACAUUGACACAUUACGUUGCCUAGUAAAAUUGCGGCCGGACAGUAUUGAAUUAUUAAUUAUUUUUUUUAAUUUAUUUAUUAUCCUUCCCUCAUUGGUUGUUUAAAUAAAAUCGUAAACUUGUUAAUAGAAUAUACCCAAAAGAAUUGAAAAAGUAAAGGUUGUCUGCUUUCACAAUGCAACUGUGGGGUUGCCAGAUAUUAAAUCAUUUUAUUUAUAUACCUUCAUCAGCUAUUUAGUCGUGUAAUAUUUGACAUAUUGAUGAAUGCUUAUUUUAUGCUUAAUUUGACUAUAUUAGGUUGCCUUUGACCUAGUUCAUGGUUUUCUAGAUCUUGGAUGAAUGAAAAAUGUGUUUGGCCGAAAUUUAACUAGGCAACCUAUUUGCACUGUGAACGUUAUCUAUCAAUUAUUUCAUAGCACUAAUGAAUAACAGAUGAGGGUAUAUAUUUCUAAUGCCAGAUCUUAGACUAGCAGUAACCUUUUUUGAUCUGUUAAAAUAGUUCUAUUCAGAAAUGACUGUGUAAAUGAAUGUAUCACAAACUUUUGAAGCAUUCAAAACUAAAUAAAACUGUUCAUAAUAAGAACUUUCUGUAAAUUUUGUACAUAGUUUGAACAAAUAUAAUUAACUGGAGGCAUAAUAAUAGUGCGUUGGUCUAGAAUUUUUAAACUAAAUUGACAUUUGUUAUAUUUUUUUUUGCGAAUUAUUUUCAAUUUAACAUCACAUUUAAUAUCCAAAUUUUUUUUAUAAAUGUUUUCAUGAAGAGUGUUUAUAUAAAUUUGAUUAUAUUUAUUAAAAAAAAUCUCCAACAUUCAUUGAAGAAAAGCAAAGUCAUGUGGACUUUGCUUUUCUAAAAACAUAUAUUACAUCUAAAUUAAAAAUUAAUAUUUAUAACUUUCAAGCACAUAAUAUAUUACUUCCUAAAAUAUAUUUAGACCAUUUUUCAAAAAACAACUUUUUAUUUACAACAAAAACUGUAAAACGAAAAAUAGACCUGUCAAUUUAGUUUAGACAUUACAGGCCAAUUUAGCACGAAUGUUAAUUUAAUUUAUUUUUUAAUCGAUAAUACAGCAUUUUUAUUUUUUUAUUAGUCCUUUUUUAUGUUACGUGCAUUACAAAAUAAACUUUUUAAAAAUUAUAAAA